UAGGGGGAUCGCUUGCGACUGUCUCUCCUGCAUACACGAAGUCGACUUCGAGCUUGAGCUCACCAGCGUCAGAUGGGACCAGCUCUGCUUCAAUUUUAGCAAGCUCCUUGACUCCUCCGAGCUCCAUCAAUGAUGCCAAUCGAGCUCCUUUCUCUCAGAAAGGCCCAGUGCCGGCCAUGCUCAAUCAAAGACGCUCUCACAGGGAGCGACCAGGCCUCCUGCCCGCACGGGUAGCGGUCAACAGGCAUGCGCAGCAGCCUGCUGCAGCUAUCUCAGGCCAAACGACGCUCUGUUUUUCACAAAGACUGCCUCCUGUCGGCGAGCAAGCAGCUUUGACCGAGCUCAAUACGGGCAGCUGGCAGAACCCCAGCUUCGACCAAAGUGCGUCCGUCCCUCAGCCCAGACCCUCCAAUCCUGCCGCAUCGUCCAUUCAGCAGCAGCAGUAUCAGCAGCAGCAGCAGUAUCAGCAACUAGCUACCUCAGAUGGCUUUGACGCCUUCUUCUGCGACGAUGAGUCGCUACAGAUUUGGAAGGACGUCGUCACACCGCCUGCCGAGGACUAUAAUUGCUCCAAUUGUCAAUCAGCUGGUGAUCCCUACGUCGAGAGGGGACACAGGAGUGACAGCAAGGAAGCCCGUCGUGACAAGGAGCGGCAACAGCGCCAGUGGAUGAGGCAGUCUGUACACACUGAUGAGGUCCCAGACCACAAUCCCGUCGUCAAAGCAGGUCACCACUUGCACCCUCCAAUGGCCCCUGAGAUGCGGCUCCGACCUCAUCUGCCAGCUCCUCAAGCCUUGAUACAGACUGACCUUCCGCCCAACGGCACAGCCGCCGGCGAGGUGGAUGAUGAUGCGCCCUUUGCAUUCGAUGCGGAUCGUCAAACGGCCAUCGUUGUGCCCAGCAGCUCGUCGCCAUACAUUGUCAACGACCACGUAUACGCCACGCCUGAGCAGCAGUCUCAUCAAAGAGCGCGCUUCGCUUGCUCUUGGCAGUAUCAGGCCGAUCAUCAAAGCUCAGAAACUUCCUCUCAGCAUAUUGCCUCAAGCAUCAAUACGCCUUACAUCCAUGGCCAGCGCUUCACCUUCUCCUCCUCGCCCAUCCGAUCCUGGCACGUCUACCAAAACUCCGGCUCCAACGUGCAGCCCAACUCGCACUCUUCACCUUCGGUCGGCGAUGGGCGUCAGAAACUUUCACACUUCGCCUUCGGCGACAAUGCAUGCAGUGGGAACUCCUCCAGCUCAAGCGGGUACCAUCUUCCCUCACUCGACCCAUCCAUCACCGCUUCUCGCAGCGUGAGGGGCAGUGCAAAGGGACGCAAGACCUACCCUCGCCUCUCUGCUGCCAAUGGCUUCCGGCCAGAGCCAACUGAACAUUCUCGUGCGCAUCGUCGCCCUUCAUCUGCCUUCAACGGCGGCAGCGUCCGUGCUGGCCUAUCCGCUGCAGCGCGUCGAGCAACGGUGAAGCGAUUCGAUAUCCCUUACUUGGGCUCGUCAAGCCUUUCUGCUCGAGCGCGACUUGCCACGGCCAACAGCGUGGCUACGGCUCACGAGAUCUCGGAUGACGAAGGGGAGGUCGGAACCACGAGAGGAAGAGCCUCUCAGAUGUCCUCCUCGCCUCAGCAACACGAGCCAGGCAAGCAUCGCUACACUCUCAAGAGGCUACACCCAGAUGUGAACGUCGAGGUGCAUGAGUGGGAAGAAGAAGAGGAGGAGGGAGAGGGUAGGGUGCAGGAGAAAAGAAAAAAGACACGCCUCACUUUGUUCAAGCCUUCUGCGCCACGGGAGGGGUUGUAAGCCGGCUAUACAUGUCGUGAGAGAGGACAACAGAGUCCAGUGAGAAGAAGAAUGAUUGAAAGUCGUAGCACAGAAUACAAAUCGCGACUGGCUGA